CCCCACCCCCCCCCCCCCCCAAAGGACUUUUGGGCAGGAAAACGGGGGUUUGCUGCUUAAAAUAAACUCAGCACACACUCCAGGACAGUGCCAACAGAGGUGCUGCACCAGCUUCUGCUGUUUGAGUACGAGAGGGCUGGGAGCAUCUGCUGCGCCGUGGUGGUUGAUGGUGCAGUAAUGAAUUUAAGGAGAAGUCCUGAGUAAAGCCAAGCCUUUGUCUGGGAAGGCUGGCAGCUUUCCUGGCAUUUUGUUAUAUGGCUUUUCCUCCGUAUUUUCAAUCAAAGAUGCUUUGACCAAAACAAGCCGGUGUGCUGUGAGCAGUUUGGAUGGGGCUGACCGUGUCUGCCCCGCCAGGCUGGGCACUCAGUCUCCAAUUUCUCCCGUUCCAGGGCAGACCCAGUCAUAUUUAUAAUGGAAAAACCCCAGGUGAACACAGGAGCCUUUUAGCCUCCUGCCACACCUACAAGGCCUCAGCGUGCCGGCCCGGUGCUAUGCGAUGCUCCCCGAGGCGCUCCCUCACUGCUGCGCUCCUAGUCUCCUUCCUCUUCCUUCUCCUCCUCCUCUUCCUCCAUGGGGGCAGCCAGCAGGAACAGGAUCCCCUGGAGGUGGAGCUUAGGGGCUUGGCCCCAGCCAUGGUCCUGCAGAUGCUGCAGCCGGAAGGAGCCCAGCACAUCCUCAGGACCACGGAUGACCUCUCUGCACUCCACAAUGUCUCCUACCACCUCCUCGCUGGCUCCGUGUCACCCCACAAAAAAUUCUUGGCAGUGGGACUGGCAUCAGUGCAGCGGCCACGCGGCCACUACCUCCCGGCCACACUCCAAUCCCUCUUCAAGCAGUCGACGGAGGAGGAGCUGCAGGAGAUGGUGGUGGUGGUGCACCUGGCUGAUGCGGACCCCGGGUGGAACACGCGUGUGGCCGCCAACAUCGCCCACAAGUUCGCUCACCACAUCCUCCUGGGCCGGCUCCUGCUUAUCCAUGCUCCCCACGAGUUCUACCCCACCCUGGAGGGCCUCAAGAGAAACUACAACGACCCAGAGGAGCGGGUGAGGUUCAGGUCCAAGCAGAACGUGGACUACGCCUUCCUCUUUGCCUUCGCCGCCAACCUCUCCUCCUACUACUUGAUGAUUGAGGACGAUGUGUGGUGUGCCAAGUCCUUCUUGACAGCCAUCCGCAAGGCACUGGCUUCCCGGGAAGGCUCCAACUGGGCCACCCUUGAGUUCUCCAAGCUGGGCUACAUUGGUAAGCUCUACCACUCCAGUGACCUUCCUCGCCUGGCUCGCUUCCUCCUCCUCUUCUACCAGGAGAUGCCCUGUGACUGGCUGCUGGUCCACUUUCGCCUCCUGCUCACCCAGAAGGACGUCAUCCGCUUCAAGCCCUCCCUCUUCCAGCACAUGGGCCUCUACUCCUCCUUCCAGGGCACCGUCAACCGGCUGGAGGACGACGAGUUCCAGGCCGAUGCCUUGGACCUUCCAGACAACCCACCAGCGGCCUUGUUCACCAGCAUGUCCGUCUUUGAGAACUACGAGCCCCUCAAGGCUUACAGCACGGCAGAGGGGUAUUUUUGGGGUAAGGACCCAGCAGCUGGCAGCGUCUUCUCUGUCGUUUUCCAGCAGCCGGCCCGCGUGACCCGUGUGCGGGUGCGCACAGGCUCCGCCGAGCGCCGGGGUGACAUCCUGCACGCGGGGGUGCUGGAGCUGGGCCGGCGGCGGCAGGCCGACGGCCGGGACUGCUCUGCCUACACCACCGUGGGCACCUUUGAGAAAGGGACGUUUGAGCAGCGGGGGCUGGAGAGGGGCACGCCCGGCCCCGUGGAGUGCGUGAGGAUCCGGGUGACCCGGGACCAGAGCGAGUGGCUCAUCAUCCAGAGCAUCGACAUCUGGACCACGGGAGGCACCUGACCACCGCGGUGCCAGGGUGCCGAAGCACCUGGAUUUUGCACUGAGGGCCUUUGUUCUUUCACUCCCGUUUUUGAGAAAGAAUUAAAUUAUCGACUCCCUCUGGCGCUGCCACCCGUCUCGCGAGGGAUGGCCGGCGCUGCUGCGGGACGUGCCUGGGGCCGAGAGCAGUGCCCAGCGAGCAGAGCAGGGGUGCGGGGGGGCAGCAGAGGCUUGGGCGUUUCAGGCUGGGCGGUAGAAAACAUUUCCUCCUUGGGAGGAUGGUGUACAGGACAAAGCUAAUUGGCUAAUUAAUAAAUCAAAUCAUUAACCAGG